AUGCCGUCGGAUCGCGACCACCGGUACGAGUCCGUACCACCAAUCCCCUCGUACGACGAAGCCCUCGCCGUCGGCGGCCCGGCAAACCCGUCCGAUUGGAACCCCCCGCGCUCCCCGAUAGACGACCGCUCACAGACCGAGACCGAGUCGCAGUCCCUGCUGCACCGCAAUGGCGCCGCAACCUCCUCCCGCCGCCCCGGCGGCUACCGCCAACCAACGGUCGAGACAGACGACGAGGACAGCUCCUGGAGCGACGACGAUGGCGACGAGACGGCGUACGUGCGCAGGGAAAUGCAGGAGCUGGAGAUUGGCGAGCCCGACGACAGGUCGCGCUCCUCAAUAUGGGGCAAGAGGAUACCUUUCGCCCUCUCCCUGUCCCGCUGGAAGUGGUCUUGGCGAUGGCGGCUGCCAAGGAUACAGCGCCCUACGAUCCGGCUACCAUCUGGUUCCAACGACAAUUCCAACGACGGUAACGAUGCGAACACGACCACGACGUCAGCGAGAAGGAGGCUGCGGGAGGCUUUGCCAAACUGGGACAAGGACAAGGCGCGGGCGGCCAUUAUAAUAUUCAUACGAGUCUUUGCCAUCCUGUUUGUCAUGGGAAUUCUGUACGCCCUGUUUAUGAGCGAUCUGUUUACGAGCAUGGCGAGGAGGAUGAAUGGUGGCCUGCGCUUCAACCCCGAAGACGUGCGCCAGUUUGUCCAGGGCAACGUCGAGGCCCGCAGGCUGCGCGCCUCCGUGGCCCAUUACACAAAGUACGCCCACAUGGCAGGAACCGAGGGCGACUACGCCCUGGCCAUGGACGUCGAGUCCAUGUUCACCAGGGCCGGGCUGGAUUACGUCAACAUCGACGAGUACUACGUAUAUAUGAACUACCCGAAGGCCGGCGGACGAGCGGUCGAGAUACUGGGCGACGACGGCAAGGCGAAGUGGACUGCGAAGCUGGAAGAGGAGGAAGUGGGCGGAGAGGCCGCGGGGCACCAGACUCUGGUCUUCCACGGUCUGUCCAAGUCCGGCGACGUCAAGGGGCCCCUCAUUUACGCCAACUACGGCGCACGAUCGGAUUUCAAGAAAUUGGCCGACAGCGGGAUCGACACCAAAGGCGCGAUUGCGCUAGUUCGAUACUACGGCCCGCAGGCGAACCUGGCGCUGAAGGUCAAGGCGGCGGAAGAGGCCGGCUUUGCGGGGUGCAUCGUCUACAGCGACCCGGCGGACGACGGCUUCAGGAUGGGAGAUGUUGCGCCCAACGGCCGCUUCAUGCCUGCGGAUGGUGUCCAGAGAGGAUCCGUCGCAUUGUCCAACUGGGUGAUUGGCGACCCCCUUACCCCUGGCUGGGAGAGCAAGAAGAACCUGCCGCGCAUGAAGCCGGACGAGACGCCAGGCCUGCAGAAGAUUCCGAGCUUGCCCCUCGCGUGGCGUGAUGCUCAGAUUCUGCUGCAACACAUCAAGGGAUUUGGAGAGCAGGUGCCGAAGGAAUGGGCAGGUGGUGUCCCUGAUGUCGCCGAGUGGUGGACGGGCAAUCUCUCAUCACCCAUCGUCCGUCUCAAGAACGACAAUGACGUCGUUCAGGAGAAGGCUAUCUGGAACAUCUACGGAAAGAUUGAGGGUAUCGAGCAGGACGCCAAGUCCAUCAUCAUCGGCAACCACCGCGAUGCCUGGGCGUUUGGCGCUACCGAGCCUCACUCUGGCACAGCUGUCCUCAUCGAGAUGGCGCGCAUUUUCGGAUCGCUCGUCAGCAAGGGCUGGCGCCCACUUCGGAGCAUUGAGUUCAUGUCCUGGGACGCCGAGGAGUACAACAUGAUUGGUUCCACCGAAUUUGUCGAGCACAACGACGAGUCGCUCAGAAAGAACGCCUUCGCCUACGUGAACUUAGACGCUGCUGUCGCAGGCACCGAGUUUCACGCCGCAGGCUCUCCCGUCUUCAAGCAAUCGGUGCUCCGCGUGAUUGACCGCGUCUUUGACGAGAACCUCAACAACACCCUGCGCGGUCUCUGGGACCAGCGCCAGGCCGAUCUCGAAGAGCUGGAUAUGAGUGGUGACUACGUCCCCUUCCAGACCAUUGCCGGCACGAGCUCUCUCGAUCUGGGCUUCCGAGGUGCUCGCUACCCUAAACAAUCCAGCUACGACAACUACGAAUGGGUUCAGCGUAUCGGCGACCCAGAGUUCACCUACCACGCUAUGAUGGGUCAGAUCGUCGGCCUUUUGGUUCUCGAGCUGGCGGACAAGCCCGUCCUACCAUUCGACAUGGUGGGCUACGGCGACCGCAUCGAGCGCUACGUCAACGACCUCUCCAACUUCUGUGACCGCAGCAACAUCGACAAGGCCAAGUUCUCCAUCGACCCCUUGAAGAAGGUUGUCGACAUCGUCAAGAUCGGCCUCAAGAGCUUCGCCAUGUGGGAGAUGUCGUGGGAGUCCAACGUCAUGGGCGGCGGUGGCUGGGAAUCGAGCAAAAUGGGCGAUUUGCGCAUCGAGUUCAACACGCACAUGGCCGAUUUCGAGACGGCGCUACUAGACCUCGACCAGGGCGGCGGCAUCCCGAACCGCGCCCAGUUCAAACACGUCGUCUACGGCCCCCAGGCAUGGUCCGGCAACCACCCCGUGACCUUCCCCGCCAUCCGCGACGCCGUCGAGGCGCGCGACUGGGCCCUCGCGAGCAAACUCGUCGACAAGACGGCGCAGAUCCUCCAGAACGCGACCGCCAUGCUCCAGACGUGGGAGAAGGAGGCCAAGGAGAAGGGCGACUGA